AUGGACUGCCUGGACGAAUUGGAAAAUCGAGCACCGUCGUCGCAGGCGGAAGCGCUCAACUUACCCGUAUCGCCGUCUUCCUUUCUUCCCUUCAGCAAUGGCAAUACUACUAGUGGCAGUGGUACACGUACUCGGGACGCGUUCGAUCGCCUUGAGGAUCUAAGUGAUCUUAGCGAAUCCGAGCGGGAUCAAUUAGCCGUUCUCGACAGCGUACGCGCCCUUUAUGACCCAGAGUUCGUGAAGGAUGCCGGCACCACAGGACUCAAAGUUGAUAUUGCUGAAUAUUACACUCUUAAUAUUGGGGCUGAACCCAUUCGCGCUACGGAAGCCCUUUUCGAACGAAGUCUCAUUGGUAGCUCGCAGGCGGGCGUGAGUGAGUGCUUCUCGUGGAUACUUCGGGACUCCUCCGUGGCGCUGUACAAAGACAACAGUAACACCAGCGCCUGGGUCCCUAAACGCCUCUUCAUUACCGGUGGACUUGCACACUUGCCCGGAAUGCGGGAACGUCUACAGAUUGAACUGCAGCAGUUACUCCCCUGGCAGGAGAAUGGCAGCGACCUCGAAGUUGUUGUUGCAGUCACCAUCCCUGCUCUUGGGCAUCUGGUGGACAUCAUCGAAAGCGAUUAUCGAAUAACCACACUCGGUUAG